GUAUUCAUCAGAGAGAAUGUUUUAGUGAUUUUGGUCUUUGCUUUCUUCUUUGCCUAUAAUGUGCUUGUUUCGUUAAAGAUGAACUAUUCAUACGACGAUUCUCGUGCCCUAAACUUGUGGCAGAGAGUACAUUUCAAUACAGAUUCGUCAAAUGAUGCUUCUUCCAGAGCGGACGCCUGGCGGAGAUUGCUGGUUCAACUUCAAACUUUUCGGAGGAGUAAAAAAGUAUCAUACCAACUUUACACAAGGAUGUUAGAGAAGUUUGCAGGGAAUUACUCUCAAAUUUUAGACAACCAAAACCCUGACAAAGGCUUGAACAAUUUUGCUGAAGCUGUGUUAACUCUUGCUUCUAGCCAUCGUAAUGAGAGUCAGGAUUGGACCUCAAGUUUAUCUCUGGAUAGUUUCAAAAAGCUGCCUAUUUACAAAUCUCUCAUGGAUGCUAAAAGAGAACUUUUGGAUGAGGAGCCAGUGCAAGCAUCUGGUGCUACUUGUACUUAUUCAUCAUCACAUGAUGAUCAGUUGCACAAGAUUAACUUGAAUCGCCCCUCAGCUAGUGCACCAAGUCUCAGUAAGAGCCUGCAGGCAAACAAAGUAAAAACCAGUGCACAAGAUUUUUCAAGUGAAGUUUUCUCAUCAAAAAAUACUGGGAUGGAAAGCCAAAGAGUUAUGUCAAUAUGUGAAGACUCUGGUAGGAAGGUAGCAGUGCACAUAAAAAUGUCCUUUAUUAGAAAUUGGUAUAAUCAACCAGUGAAUUACACAAAUCUUAUGAGUGAUGCACUGCAUGUAGAGCCACCUGAUCAUCUUUGGCAGGCAACUCUUUGGGCAGGUGGUGAUGGGAUAUACCAAGUUCAUGGUCCCCAAAAUUUUGCACAAAGGUUGUGUCCAGAUGGAGCAUCCAGCAUGAAAGAUUCAGCAACAUCAUCAACAAAUAACAGUCACCCUGCUACACAUACCAGUAACUUUAAUUUUUAUCAAGGUUCGGAUAAAAAAUAUUCCAGAAAUGCCUCAGACAACCAGCACAAUUCUGAUGAUAGUGAGCAAGAAAGCAAAGCAUCUUCCUAUUUCAUCACUGCAAAACAAAAAUUGGUUCCUGGCUUAAUCCACAUAUUGUUUAAAGGGGCAUCCAAUCAUGAAACUGUGGUCAAAACAAAUUCUACUGAAUUUCCUCUUAAAGCUUUCAAAUCUGAAAUCAUAUUUCACAUUAACCCCGAGUUAUUUGGUACUGCUAUGGCUGGUUAUUCGAAUCACAUUGGCAAGAAUCAAAGUGGUAAAGUUGCCGGCGCUGAUCCAGAAGUUGAUGAAAGACUGAAAAAUAUUGAGCCAAAAAUGAUAGAACUUAUUACUAACGAGAUCAUGGAUCACGGCCCACCAUUGUCUUGGGAUGAUAUUGCAGGACUUGAAUUUGCUAAGAAUGUUAUCAAGGAGAUUGUUGUAUGGCCCAUGCUGAGACCUGACAUUUUCAAGGGCCUACGUGGUCCACCGAAGGGAAUCUUACUCUUUGGACCUCCAGGAACUGGUAAAACGUUAAUCGGUAAAUGUAUAGCAAGUCAAUCAAAGGCUACUUUCUUUAGUAUCAGCGCUUCGUCCCUCACGUCAAAGUGGGUUGGUGAGGGUGAAAAAAUGGUUCGUGCAUUGUUUGCUGUUGCCAGAUGUCAUCUGCCUGCUGUGAUUUUCAUCGACGAAAUAGAUUCGCUGUUGUCGCAAAGAACAGAUGGAGAGCACGAUGCCUCCAGGAGAAUCAAAACUGAAAUUCUAGUGCAACUGGAUGGGGCUACAACCACUUCAGAUGAGAGAAUUUUGGUGGUUGGCGCCACGAACAGGCCUCAAGAGAUUGACGAAGCAGCGAGACGUCGUUUAGUAAAAAGACUUUACAUUCCUCUUCCCGAUGCUGGUGCACGUGAACAAAUCAUGUACAGUCUUCUGUCGCAACAGAAAUGCAGUCUGUCUCAAGAAGACGUCAACACAAUAGUUCAGCAUACACAUGGAUAUUCAGGCUCAGAUAUGGCGAAUCUUUGUCGAGAAGCUGCUCUUGGGCCAAUCAGAAGUAUCACUGAUAUUCAGUGUAUUGACGCUGAUCAGGUUCGACCGAUUCUGUUCAAAGAUUUUGACGAGGCUUUGCAUCAAGUACGCGCGAGUGUUUCCGAGAAAGAUCUCGACUUAUACAUUCAGUGGAAUAAACUGUAUGGCAGUGGAACGAAAUAAAACACUCGGGAGUUGUUCUUGUUCCACACAGGUUCACGCUGGAAUGAAGUGAAAUUAAACUGACAGAUUCAAAAUUAUUUUGACACUUUUUUGUGGAAAUUUUGCUUGUUACUACCAGUAAGGGUUGUCAAACUGUUUUACGUUAAGCUUGUAAGAUUUAGUUGUUAUAGCGUUGGUCCUUACAGUUUAGGUCGUGACAUUCCUAUCGCAGUACAUUACUUUUUGUGGACAGGAAAAUCGACUCAGCCUUGACCAUUAUAAUUAUUUUUUACUAAAGAGAGGCAUUAAAAAAACCUAUUGGUUAUCUGAGUGCUGUCUUUUGUGACAAAGGAAUGGCUUUUGUUUAAGUGUAGUAUUGUUAACGCAGUGUAGACAAACAGGAACUGCGAUGCCAUUUUUACGAUCAACAGAAAUUUUACAGAUUCUCAAAAUUGUAUGAGGCAUUGUGAAUCGGACCUAGAGCAGGCGCAAAGUUUUUUUCAUCUUUAAGGUAGCUUAGAACUCUUCAUAUGGCAAAAUAACACUAUAUAAUAAUUAUAUUGCAUAUCUCUCCAUAUCGACAUACAGAGCAUAGUGUUAGGUCUAUAUUGAUACUGUCUUACAAACUGCUGUAAGCCUGUGGAAUGACAAGAGCAACAGCGAUACUCACACCGCAAUAAAAGGGUACCUCUUUUCUAUACCC